GGUACGGGGAUCCCCCCCUUUCUCGGCGCCCCUUUUUUCCCCCCAGUCAGUCCCAACGAUCUUAUAUCGAUCGCCUCCUUUCGCGCACUUUGUUUAUCGAUAUGUGUGUGUGUGGGUUUUUGUGUUUUUGAUUUCUCUUCUUUUUUGUUGGCUCAGGAACACCAAAUAAUCGAAUAGAACAAUAUUUAGAGGUACAUACUGGGCGUUUGUGCAAUAUAGAAACGCAUUUUAGCCCGAGAGGAAGGUAGAACAAACGCAAUCCCAAAACAAUUGCUGGGCACCGUGACAUAAUCAGCCAAAAAAAAAACAAAAAACAAACCAAAGACUAAGAACAUUUAAGUGCUUUAAAAAUAAAACAGUACCAGCGGCAAGAACAAAAUUGUCGAAUACAAAAAACCUCAAACAAAACAAAAAGAGUGUUAAGAUGUGCGCGAUAUUCGUCGGUCUGAAUUUGUUUAAACAAAACACGAUGCAAGAUACCAGAGCCAAACUGUUUUAUUGACCCCCCGCCAACGGUGGCGAGUAAAUAAUUCGGAAUUAUAUUAAAUGGGAUAAGAGCCAGCCGCCAACCAGCCUAGCAGCUGUAAAACGUCCAAAAAGUUGAUAGUGAACUUUGCACUUUUCCAUCAAGCUUGCAAUUACCGAGACGAAAGAUAUUUUUAAUAGACAUAGCGGAUGGAUAGAGGAGCCUAGUGCAACAGUCACUCAUACACAGACAGAAAUUAAGACUGGUUGAGAACUAAGGCACACAAUUAAGUACAUUUUAUUUGCAAUCAUCGAAGAUGUAAAGUUAAAAUGUAAUGAGUUAGGUCUUAUUGAUGUAAAAGUAAACUUAACCUUCUGAAGAAGGAAAUUAAUAAACUUAAUUUAAUUUUGUCACUUUUUUAUGUUAGGUACACAUUAAUGAAUGAAUAUAUCAAUAUUUUUUUUUCUGUGCACUCGGAGGCGAAGGAGAAGAAGACAACGCAGCGGCCAAGCAAAUCAAAACAAAAACUCAAAACUAACAAAUGGAGCACACACGUGUGUGUCCGUUAGUGUGUGUGCCACAUAGAUACGAACUAUAUCUAUAUGUGCGCCACAGAUCGGCGGGGAUUAUUCAUCAGGCUGCCACAUCAUCAUCAUGUUGAUCUCCGCCGCUGCGGCGCCUCCUUCUGCUGCCCUCCAUCCUCAACUUUCCGCUUAGCUGGCGUUUUCUAUACUUUUCGAAAGCUAUUUUCGUAAGGCUUGCAUUUAUAUUUAGUUGCCACAACAAACUCAUGGCGAAAAUCCAAGACACAAACUUGUACAUGAUACAAUUUUGGCCAUAUGAUGCGAGCCAAAAUAAAAGUCAACUGGGGUGGAAAACUUUUCCCCUUAGUUUUUCCAACACGCAUGUGCGGUUGUAUGUGUGUGUCCGAUACAGUGAAAGCUAAGCCAGAGAUCAACGAAGAUGUGAAAAUUAAUGGAAAACUGAAGCGAAUUAAAAAUGUAAUCAAGUCGAAUGUGAUUAUCGGAGAUCAGAGAUGAAUCUGUUAAACGAGGUCUGUGAAUUCAAUUUGCGAUGCAUCUACGCCCCGGCCGAGGUUUCACUGUACAGGCACCAGCGUCACACGUACGCUGUGUACUAGGUAUAACGCCCGACUGCGCAAAUUUACGUGCGUCGUCGUCUAUUUGUUAAAAAUAAGAACAGAUUUCGAACGGAACACAGAAAGGCAGGGAAAGAGACGCCCAAUGAACCCCAUCGAGAUAUCACACAUCAGCCAAAACGAUUUCUCCAGGCAUAUUCAUAUGUUCACAUCGCAAUAUAUCUAGGGCAAGGUGCAGGUCUUUUGGCUAGAAUCGCAAAGGGGUAGAAGGAGGUGUUUCGAGGAGGCGGCGCCGCGAUCUAUGAGCUCAUUGCUGUUUACGAUUUGUAAUUUGUAUAUGCUCUAUAUACCAAAACAAAUUGGGGGUGCUAUAUGCUUGUACUACAACCACAUAUAAGUCGGAUGUAUAUGGGCGCCAAAAGGAAAAGUCUUUGGUCGAAUGACGACCAUUGGUUCAAUUAGUAAGUCAAGUCGCCGCCGGCCAUUUGCCAAAAUCCCAAUGAGACAUUGACAUUGAGCGUGCGAUCGAUUGUUCCGUUCCUAUCCGAUCCGAUCCAAUCCGAACAGAAACAAUACGAACUGAUCCGAUCUAGUGCAGGUUUCCUUUGCGGCCAGCACUGUCAGCCGCGCGAGUCUCGCCCAGCUAGUCGAACCCAAAGCAAUUCGCGGGAGUCGCCAGUGCAUUGUUAGAUAACCGAGUACUUUUUUCCCACUGGGACCCAGAAAGCACACUGACUAGGACACGGAGACACAAUCACCAAUCACCCAGCCUGCGGAAUGUCCAACGAACUCAGCGAACUGAUCGCCCUCGGCUGUCCGGAUCUCACGGCCCAGAAGCCGGAGGGCGCCAGCACCAAGGUGGAGUUGAUUCUCAACACGGAGCGCCGCCUGAGCAUUAAGCAGAUGACGGCCACGGAUUUGGCCGCUCUACGGGCAGCAGCCGCCGCCGAAGCAGAGGCCAGAACUCGGGCCCAGGCGGAGGCGGAAGCUCGAGCCAUCGCCCAGGAACAGUUGCGCCAGGCCCGCGAGGCCGAGUCCAAGGCAAGGGCACGUGCUGCCCUCGAGGUGCAGGCCCAGUUGCAGCGGGUGAUGGAGAGCGAGAAGCGCAGGCAGAAGGAGGAGGAAGAGCAACAGAAUAAGCAAGAUGAAGAGGAGGAGGAAGAUGAGGAUGAGGAUGAGGAGGAGGAGGUGGCCAAAGGUUCUCUGCCCACCAACUCAGGACCAAGGGAGCGCGUUGCAUCGCUGCCCGGCAACAUCGAUGAUGCCAUGGAGAUGCACCUGCUUAGCUUAUCGCAGCCCAAGGCCUUAUCCAAGGAUGACUCCCCGCCCAAGAAGAGCACCUCCCACCUGGCCGACUCCAUUGAGCUGCUGCGAAUGCAGCGGGCUGCCCGCAGUGCCCGUUCCCGCAAUCGCAGCCGCGAGCGCGAGCGAUCCAUUUCGCCAGACCGCAAUCACGAACGAAGCGCUGCUCCCGAUCGCCUCCAGAGUUCGGCGAGCAUGAGCAGUCUGGAGUCUGCCAGCGUCAGUGCCUCGGCUUCAGGCUCACGACAGCCCAGCAAGGCAGCCAGUCGACGUGGCAGCACCUCCAGUGCCUCUGGGGUGGAACCACCUGCGACCGCCGCUCCACAGUCGACCAAGUUUCCCCUUGCCAAGACGGUAUCAGCUCCGAAUGUAAUGAAUCGCCGGCGUAGCAGUCUCACCUCGCUCUUCCCCGGACCCUCGCCUUUGGUGGCACCCGAGCCAUCUCUGCAUACGGAUCCCGAUCCAAAGGUUCAGCAACAGCUGGAAGAGGAGCAGCGGCGGGGGCGAAUGGACGAUGGUUACCGUGAGAUACCCACCGGAAAAAUGGUGCAUCGCACCAAGACACCGCCGCCAGUGGGCACCAAUCUGGGAGUGAGCUUAAAGCGAGUGACCGCGCCCAGUGGAUCCAUAACCAUUAAGCCCAAGGAGUCGCCCAUGCUGGGAGUCGUUUUGCGUAGAGUGGAGAAGAAAGUAGUGCCCCAGAAGAGCAUUCUGGACGACGAUAAGCCACUGUACCACUUCUCCAUUGUGCGCAGCGACCACAAGGAACAUGUGCCCGACAAGAAACCGAAACCCAAGCCUGCUCCUCCAGCUGUCAAGCCAAGUCCCGGUGGCAUCCUCACCGGACCUCAAGUAGUCCGCACCGCACCCAGGCAACCAGUGCCCGUCAAGCCGCAGCGUCCCAUGCCCGGCGUGCCCAUUACAAUUACCAAGAUCGAGGGCGACAAGAUCAUCAUCAUCAAGAAGAUCAUAGUGCCGAAGAACAGUAAGAUACCGGAGCAGUAUCUGCAGAUGAGUGAAGAUGCCGGCAAGUCAGCUAAUACAGUGCCUCCAACGGUUUCCUCCUCCUCCGCCGCCGUCGCAGCGUCGCCGAUUCUGAGAACCAAAGAGGAAUCCCAGCCAGCCAUGCAGAAACCAACGCCGCCGCCGGCCAGUGGUCAGCAAUUCUUCCAGGUGGUCUCCCCGCAAUUCGCCUCGGUGCUGUCUUCCAGCAUCCCGGAGAGCAAAUGUGCCGUGCGUUCACCCAUAUCAUCGCCCUUGGCCAUCCGCAAAAGCCGUCCACCUCUGCUGCCGGCGAGUCCCAAGUCCACGCCUCCGCUCCCGCGGAAGCACCAUCCGCUUGCGUACAAUGCGGCCACGGGAACCAUCAGUAGUGCCUCGGCAGCAGCGCUGCCUUCUCGUCUCAUGGCCACCAUCGCCUCGAGUCCGGCUUCGAGUAUAUCGCUGUCUUCCUCCAGUUCACCUUCAUCAUCGCCACCACCGCCAGUGCCAUGUCGGGCUCCAAAGAAUGCCAAUGCCAAUAAACCUUCUGCUCCGUCCAAAGAGAUCAGUCUGGACAAGUUGCUGCAACAGCAACAGGAGCUGGAGGUGAAGUCGGCCGCAGCCACAAACAGCGCCAAGUUGGAUGCGAACUUCUACGAUGCCGAGAUCGAGAUGAUGAACAAGUAUCUGAAGAGUUUGCCCGACUACAGCGAGCUGGACAGGAAGCUGCACCAGGAGUUCCAGGAAUGCGAAGAUCUCUACGACCGGAUCAAGCGCCAGCAACAGCCGCUGGCCAAGUCCAAUUCGCAGCAGUCCGUGACGAAGGCAGCGCCAGGGUCAGGAGUCCAGCCUACCGGCUCCUCCGGUCUAUCCAAGUCUUCUUCAAUCAACUUUGCCCAAAACCACUCAACUAGCAGUAGAGGAGCUGCCCCGCGCAUGGCAUAUCCCUCCAUAUUCUCGCAGUCGGGAGGCGAACCAAAACUGCAGCGCAGCAUUUCCAGCUCGAAUAUGCCGCUUAGUGCGCCGACACCCUUGCGUCCGCUACCCGCAAAGAAUGGAUUGCAAAGUGGUUCCAAUCUGUCGCUCAACAAACAGUUGAUGAACGAAUUCUGGAGCGAGAAUCUUACGAGUUCACAGAAGCGUCAGACACCCAAGCGCACCUUCUGGAACUACGAGAAGAUCUGCGGUGCGCAACUGGGCGAUGCCGGGCAGCCCUUUAAAGUGGAUGCCAAGACGGCCAAGAAACUGGCCAUAUUCGAUCCCACAGUGGCGGAGGCGGCGCAGAAGGAGCUGCAGCGACCUCAGCAGCCGCAGGUCGGUCAGCAUUAUCCACACCACAAGCUGCAGAAGAACGCCUCGCUGUCGCACCUGGAUCUCAAAGUGCGUCAGGCGGUGACCAAGGACGAUCUCUACAAGCUGAUCUGCAACGAGCAAUCUCCUUCGGCGGGCACGAGUUUCGUGAGCAGAGUGCCGGUGAAGCAGCAACCGCCAGCGCAGCAGCAACAGGUGCUGCCUAAGAGCGUUUCCAUGACGCAUGUGCCAGGUGGUGGUGGUGGUCAACCCAUGGCAUCAGCUCCUCUGUUGAGGACUUCCAGUCGCACCCACAUACCCUGCUACAUGAAGAAUCUGCCCUCGUUGAGCAGGAGCACCUCGAACUCUGCGAUACUGAUGACGCAACCGCGCAAGGAAGCUCCAUCCAAAGAGCCACCUAAGACUGCUGCUCCACCGACUGUCAGCAAACCCAGUGGAGUUUUGAAAAGCUCCAGCAGUUCCUGUGUCCCAUCGCCUCGCUGUGCAGCCGCCUUCUUCCGUCGGCCGCAGGAGUCCAGCCAUGCGCAGCAGCAGCAUCAACAGCCCCUGCCGCAACCGCAACACGUGGCGCCCAUCGAGGAGUCCGGCCCAGGGGAUUCCGCCUCUCUAGAGCGCAAGUCGGAGAAGAGCAACAGCACGAUAAGCACGAGCAGCUUUACGGUGACCAACUGUUGCACCACUCACCUGCCGCAGCUCUCCAAGUUUACCUCAUCGUUCCACAUUGCCCCCACCAACACGGCCACAACCACAGCGUCAGCAGCCACACCAACACCAACUGCAGCCGCAACACCAAGCGACCACCACCAACAGCAGCAGCAGCAACAGCAGCAACAAAGUGGCGCAGCGGUGGCGGCGAUGGCUGCCAACUUGGAGGUGCCAACAUCGUCAUCGUCGUCAGCGGCCACAAAGCGCCAGAAAGAUGUCGACAACAAGCUAGAAAAAUGCCUGAACGACAUGCUAAAGUUGAAGACCAGCAACAACAGCAAAAGCAAUAAUAAUGCAAUCAUGUCGCAGUCGCUGACAGGGGAGCACAAAGACCCGAAGACUGCAGUCGAAGGCCCCACGAACAGCAGCAGCAGCACCGGCAAGUAUGUGGGUGAUUCUCAGAUCCCCGUGCCAGUGCAGCUCUACGAUCCGCAGAAGCCGCUGCUCCAACAACAGCACCAUCAGCAGCAGCAGCAGCAACAAAGGAUUUGCUAUCCCAUAGGAAAGUCGAACUCUACCUCACAGCUGCCCAUGGGUGGCUAUCAGCGAUUGUUGCAGCAGCAGCAGCAACAGCAGCAGCAACAAAAUCAGCAGCAACAGCAGCAACAACACCAGGAACAGCAGCAAUAUCCGCAACACAAGCGACCCUUCCUGAACUGGAAUAGCUUUGCAUGUUCGGCAAUGAAUGGAGCAAGUGAUCCCUUCAUGCAGCAGCAACAGCAGCAGCAGCAAAUGUCUGCCCAGCAGCAACAGCAUCUGCCCCACAAGCUGCAACAGUCGUACUCCUCCUCGCAUGUGCCCAAGCAGGCGCCCAAAUCGGGACUGGCCAUGUUUCUGCAGAAGAACACUAACAAGGAGAACAAGUUUGGCCAGCCGCUGCAGCACCAGCCGCCCGGAAUGAUGCCCCAGAUGUACGGCUACCAGGCGCCCCAGCCGCAAUCCAAGAUGGGCUAUCCCCGCACCGGUGCCCCACUGACGCAUUCAGCCUCCUUCAGUUCCGCCCAGAGGCCUACAGCCCUGCAGUUCCACCAGCAACAUCAGCAGCAGCAACAACAGCAACAUCAACACCCGCAGCAUUCCAACUUUGGGCUGGGCAUGAUGAGUAGGAAUUAUUAUAAUUUGCCCAAGCAGCCAGAGCGCAAGCCGCUGCAGACCUUCGAUCCGUAUGCCUAUCCCAAGCCGAAUCAGAUGCAGCCGGUCAAGUACCAGCAGCAACAGCAACAGCAGCAACCGCAUCCGCAUACGCAGUUUCUGAAUGCUUCCGCUGGAGGUGGAGGUGGCGGUGCCGCUGGGCUUCAAUACGAUCCAAAUACAAAUACGCAAUUGUUUUACGCGUCGCCGGCAUCAUCGUCAUCGAACAUGCAACCGCAGCAACCACAACAACAGCAGCAACAGCAGCAGUCGCAGCUACAACAAAGCAAUUCUGUCAUAUUCAAUCACUCAAGCCAGCAACACCAACCACAUCAACAACAGCAGCAGCAGCAGAAUGAAAUGUCCAAGUCCGCAUUGGGACUGCAUUUCAUCGAGACAGCAAAGCCCGUCAUUCAAGAUGAUGCAGAUGGUCACUUAAUUUACCACACCGGAGACAUUCUCCAUCACAGAUAUAAGAUCAUGGCCACACUGGGCGAGGGUACUUUCGGACGUGUGGUCAAGGUCAAAGACAUGGAGCGUGAUUACUGCAUGGCCUUAAAGAUCAUUAAGAACGUGGAAAAGUACCGUGAAGCUGCCAAGCUAGAGAUUAAUGCCUUGGAAAAGAUUGCCCAAAAGGAUCCGCAUUGCGAUCAUUUGUGCGUGAAAAUGAUUGACUGGUUUGAUUAUCAUGGACACAUGUGUAUAGUCUUUGAAAUGUUGGGGCUUAGUGUUUUCGAUUUUUUGCGUGAGAACAACUAUGAGCCAUACCCGCUGGACCAAGUGCGCCACAUGGCCUACCAAUUAUGCUACUCUGUGAAAUUUCUUCAUGACAAUCGUUUAACGCACACAGAUCUCAAGCCGGAGAACAUACUCUUCGUCGAUUCGGAUUAUACUGCUCACUAUAAUCAUAAGAUUAACCGCGAGGUGCGCCGCGUCAAGAACACGGACGUUCGUCUCAUUGACUUUGGGUCGGCCACCUUCGACCACGAGCACCACAGCACAAUUGUCUCGACGCGACAUUAUCGCGCGCCCGAGGUCAUACUGGAGCUGGGGUGGUCACAGCCAUGCGAUGUUUGGUCGAUUGGCUGCAUCUUGUUCGAACUAUAUCUGGGCAUCACGCUCUUCCAAACGCACGACAACCGCGAGCACCUGGCCAUGAUGGAGCGAAUCUUGGGGCAAAUACCAUAUCGCAUGGCACGCAAUCAUACUCUUUAUAGCAAAACCAAAACAAAGUACUUCUACCACGGUAAGUUGGAUUGGGAUGAGAAGUCCAGUGCCGGUCGCUACGUCCGCGAUCACUGCAAGCCUUUGUUCCUGUGCCAGCUGAGCGACAGCGAGGACCACUGUGAGCUCUUCAGUCUGAUCAAGAAGAUGCUGGAGUACGAGCCCUCGUCCCGCAUCACGUUAGGUGAAGCCCUGCGCCAUCCGUUCUUCGACAGGCUGCCACCGCACCAUCGAGUGGGUGAGGUGAGCAACAAGCAGCCACUCUCGUCGGGCAGCAGCAGCCGCGAGCGCUCGCACAGCCUGUCCAGAUGAGAAUUACAGCGAUUUGGUUAUUGUUGACAGACGGCGCUUGUCAAGCACCCACUCAUGCAAGCAUACACUCAAAGCAGUCGUCCAGCAACGGAUUGCACCAGCCUCGUAGGGUAGACCAGCAACUUUACGGCAGAACCCUAUUUUAAGUGCUAAAGUCUUUUAUUCUAAAUUUUUUUGAACUUGACUUGUAUAGAUGUUUAUUAUACAAAAAUCCAUUGAACCCA